AUCUCUUUGAAGACAAACAGUAUAAAGAUGCCUUCAGUGAUGGUUGGCAACAAUGCUGUCCAGUCUGUCAUUCUAGACCUGGGAAAUGGAAGUAAUUCUGAGGCCAUGAAACAGGUUCUUGCUGUGAUUGACAAGAAGGUUCGCAAUAUGGAAAAGAAAAAGUCCAAACUGGAUGACUGUCAGGCGAGGAAGUGUAAGGGAGAACAACUGAAUCAGGAUCAGCUGGAUGCCUUGACAAAGUACCAAGAGAUUGCCAACAACCUUGACUUUGCUCGAGAAUUGCAGAAGAGCUUCCUGGCAUUGGGUCAAGAGAUUCAAAAGGCAGUGAAGAAGACUGCUAGACGGGAGCAGCUGCACUAUGAGGAGAUGGAACAACGGCGGCUGUACUUCUUCUUUUGCUACAUGCACCCACACCCAUGCAUCCAUGCACUCCUAUACCACUGA